AUGGACUUUCACAAGACAAGGGCGCGUAUAGUCGAGGCUCGUCAAAAGGGCGAGUUUACGGACUUUACAUUCAUUUGUGAGGGCGGAGACAUACAGGUUCACAAAAUCAUCGUAUGCAGCCAGUCUCCGGUUUUUCGCGCAGCAUGUGCUGGUCAGUUCAAGGAAGCUCUGUCUGGAACCUAUGACUUGAUGUCUGAUCAUCCCGACAUGGUUCAGCUCAUGGUCGACUAUCUUUAUACAGGCGACUAUUCGGUUGAUAUGGACGCAGCCAACGAAGACGCAAGCUGCACCUCUUCCGCUCUUUCAACACAUGCAAUAAUGUACUCACUAGGUGACAAAUAUGACAUCGAAGGACUCAGAAGUCUAUCGACCAAGAAGUACUGCUCAGAAUUGCAUGGUAGCCUGAGCACCAACGACUUUUUCUCGUCAAUCCCCUAUGUCUACGCUUUGACGCCUGAAAGCUCAAGAGAUCUUCGGGACCCGGUCUUGUCAUUCGCCCGGAACCUGUUAGGCGGUGAAGGGCCGACAACCUUGGGCUUUGUCCAAGAAGCGAUGGACGAGUUGUUCAUUGAAUGUCCGGAAUUUGUGAAAGAGCUUUUGUAUUCUUUGUUAAAAUCUCCCUUGAUGGGUUAUUGCCCUUGUACUGGGACAAGAGACAUGGUGUCUAUCGAAGCAAGAGAAUGUCGUUGCAGGAAAUGUGGUAAAAGCGGUGCAAGUCUGAGACGACCGUAG